GAUUGAUGUUUCACUGAACCAAUAGCAGCCAGAGUUUCUUCACGAGUCACCUCGGAACUACUAGCCGCUGCUGCUUACCUGAAGAUGUCGGACAACGCAGAGUCCCCAACAGAAACGCCAAAAGAGGAGACACAGCCACCGCCGGACGAGUCGACAACAAACGACGAGAAGAAAAAAAUCGAUGUGCUGUUGAAGGCAGUGGGAGACACUCCUAUAAUGAAAACAAAGAAGUGGGCAGUAGAACGGGUGAGGACCAUACAGUCCCUGUCUCAGUUCAUCGCUCGUUUCCUCAAGCUUGAUUCCAGUGAACAACUGUUCAUCUAUGUUAAUCAGUCUUUUGCACCGUCACCGGAUCAAGAAGUAGGGAUCCUGUUUGAUUGUUUUGGUAGCGAUGGCAAGCUGGUUCUACAUUACUGUAAAUCUCAAGCCUGGGGUUAAAUUCCUUAUCUUCAACUAUAUUUUUCAUCCCACAAACAUAAACACAUUGUUUUUCUUUGCCAUUUUGCCAUUGGUUUUCUUUCUGGCUUUUUGUACAUACACCCUGUAAAUAAAUUAUUGUGACAAAACUCA